AUGAUACACAUUAUAUGAUAUACGAUACACAAUAUAUGAUAUGCGAUCCACGAUAUAUGAUAUACAAUACAUUAUACAUGAUAUACAACACACAAUAUAUUAUAUAUGAUACACAAUAUAUGAUAUACGAUACACUAUAUUUGAUAACCGAUAUACAAUGUAUAUGAUAUACGAUACACAAUAUAUGAUAUACAAUACACGAUAUAUGAUAUAUAAUACACAAUAUAUGAUACACAAUAUAUGAUAUACGAUACACAAUAUAAUAUAGAAUACAUGAUACAUGAUAUACAAUACACAAUAAUGCACAAUAUAUGAUAUACGAUACACAAUAUAUGAUAUAGGAUACACAAUAUAUAUGAGAUACAAUACACAAUAUAUGAUAUACAAUACACGAUAUAUGAUAUCCGAUACACAAUAUAUGAUAUCCGAUACUUGAUAUAUGUUAUACAAUACACGAUAUAUGAUAAACAAUAUAUGAUAUACGAUACACGAUAUAAUAUACAAUACAUGAUACAUGAUAUACAAUACACAAUGAUAUAUGAUAUACAAUACACUAUACAUGAUAUACAACACACGAUAUAUGAUAUCCGAUACACAAUAUAUGAUAUACAAUACACGAUAUAUGAUACACAAUAUAUGAUAUUAUAUGAUAUACAAUACACGAUAUAUGAUAUCCGAUACACGAUUUUUGAUAUACAAUACACUAUAUAUGAUACACAAUAUAUGAUAUACGAUACACGAUAUAAUAUACAAUACACGAUACAUGAUAUACAAUACACAAUAUAUGAUAUACACGAUAUAUGAUAUACAAUAAACUAUAUUUGAUAUCCGAUACACGAUAUAUGAUAUACAAUGCACAAUAUAUGAUAUACGAUACACAAUAUAUGAUAUAGGAUACACAAUAUAUAUGAGAUACAAUACACAAUAUAUGAUAUACAAUACACGAUAUAUGAUAUCCGAUACACAAUAUAUGAUAUCCGAUACUUGAUAUAUGUUAUACAAUACACG